AUGAGUUGUUUUCCGUGUUUCACAUCCCAGAGGACUAAGAAAUCGAGUUCUAGGAAUGAGAACGGCGAAUCACGUAAUGUUAGUGGUGCAAAAUCACCUGAGAACAAGAAAGAAGACGAAGAUAAAUAUAUCAAUGCUAAGAGUUUUACAUUCCGUGAGUUGGCAAGUGCAACAAAGAACUUUAGGCAAGAAUGUCUUUUAGGCGAAGGGGGAUUUGGAAGAGUCUACAAGGGGACAAUUCUGGCUACUGGACAGGUUGUGGCUGUUAAGCAACUCGAUAGGAAUGGACUUCAAGGGAACAAGGAUUUCUUAUCAGAAGUUUCGACUCUAAGUCUCAUACACCAUCCAAAUUUGGUCAAUCUUAUUGGGUACUGUGCAGAUGGAGAUCAGAGACUUCUGGUGUAUGAAUACGUGGCUGGGAGAUGUUUAAACAACCAUCUUCUUGACAGGGAACCAAAUCAGAAAGUGUUAGAUUGGUUUACAAGGAUUAAAAUCGGAUUUGGAAUAGCUACAGGGUUGGAGUACUUGCAUGAGAAAGCUAAUCCUCCAGUUAUAUACCGUGAUUUAAAGUCUGCAAAUGUGUUGUUAGAUGAUGACUUGAACCCCAAGCUUUCUGAUUUUGGAUUGGCCAAUCUUGGACGUGGUGGUGAUACGCAUAUAUCAUCAAGGGUGAUGGGGACAUAUGGUUACUCUGCCCCAGAGUAUACUAGAGGUGGUCAGCUCACACUGCAUUCUGAUAUAUACAGUUUUGGAGUUGUUUUUCUUGAGCUCAUUACUGGAAGAAAAGCCAUUGAUACUACAAGACCAAACGCUGAACAAAAUCUAGUUUCUUGGGCUCAACCCUUUUUCCGCGAUCCAAAGAAGUUUCCAGCACUGGCAGAUCCGCUUCUUAAUGGGAAAUUCCCAGAAAAGGACUUGAAUCAAGCUGUUGCAGUAGCUGCAAUGUGCCUGCAAGAGGAACCAUCAGCUCGUCCGCUGAUUAGUGAUGUUUUAACAACUCUAAGUUUCCUUACUACAACACCUGUUGAGUGUAUCCCUGCUCCUAUUCCUACUCCUACUACUGAAGAAGCUUACGAAAUUUUGGACAGUGAAAGGAGUUCAAAGCCUCAGGAGGCAGAUAAUGAAGAGGGUCAGGAAACCAACAAUUCAGAUCAUGAGAGUGGUGAGAGUUCAGAGAGUGAAGAUAGUGACAGCUCAGAAAAUGAAGAUGAAUCACCUGACACAAGUGCUUCAUCAAGCUCAAAAAGCAGCUCUGGAUCAAACGAGGGAAGUGUUUGUUCAAGUUACAGAAGCAGCAAAAGAUCACCAUCAAGCCAUGGAAGUGGUUCAAGCCGCAGAAGCAGCAGCAACAGAUCCAAUCGCCUUUCUUCUUCAGCUUCAAGCAGUAGAAAAUCAAGUGAAGGAAGUACUUCUUUAGACCAGAAAGACAGCAUGGAAUCCAUAACAAGAAGCAGCACAAAGGGAUCAAGGGAUGGAAGUUUUUCUUUGAGCUGCAGGAGCAGCAGCAAGGCUGCUCAGAGCGAAAUUUUUUCGUUUAGGCGCAAUGACAGCAUUGGCAGUGAGGGAUCACAAGGUAGAAGUGAGUGCCUAGAGCAGAGCUACAGCAUAGGAUCACAAGAUGGGAUUAUUUCUUCACUCUCGUAA